AUUCUUAAGAAGAUAUACAAUCUUAUUGACAAUGAAAUCACAGAGUUGAGAUGAUAUAUUGAUGAUAAAGGUAAGAAAGAUGUGUAUUUGAAUGAUAUUUGAUUGAAAAAGACAUGUAUUGAAUGAUAUUGAAUGAUUCUAGAGAAAUGCAGAUAUUUUGAUUUUUUGGUGGUGUUUUGCUACUAAUUUUCAGAGGGGGCUGGGAAAAUCCUGUUUUCACAAGUAAUAUGUCUGCCACAAUACCCCAAAACGCCAGCCGCCGCCACUUUCACUAUCAGCACAUCAACACAUCGCCAAAAACUUCCCCCGCAAUCCGCAAAACCCCUUCUCAGGGCCUAAAGAGCGACUUACACUACGAAAACUAUACAAUCAUGGCCACCUCCGUCGCCCAGAAGCGCCUUUUUCACGAAUACAAGCUCCUCUCCACCAGCCCACCAGACGGCAUAACAGCCGGGCCCGUCAGUGAAGAUGACAUGUUUCACUGGGAGGCGCUGAUCCAGGGUCCCGAGGGCACACCUUUUGAGGGCGGCGUGUUCGCUGCUGAACUCAAGUUCCCCAGGGAUUACCCGCUCAGCCCGCCCACGAUGAAGUUUCUGGGUGGUGGGGUUUGGCAUCCGAAUGUAUACCCCAACGGCACCGUGUGCAUCUCCAUCCUGCAUCCGCCAGGGGACGACCCGAACCACUACGAGCAUGCGUCGGAGCGCUGGAGCCCCAUCCAAUCAGUCGAGAAGAUUCUUAUUUCCGUCAUGAGUAUGCUUGCGGAGCCAAAUGAUGAGAGCCCGGCAAAUGUCGAGGCGGCCAAGAUGUGGCGGGAUCAGAGGAGCGAGUAUGAGAAGAGGGUGCGUAGUGAGGUUAGGAGGAGUUUAGGGCUUUGAGUUUUGGAUACGAGGGGAGGGAAUUGGAGGAGCAAGGGUUCAUAGAGCGUUGUUUUUCUUUUAUAUAAUGUGAGUUAUCGGCGUUUUUGUGUCUUGUUUUCGAGCGGGGUAGGGGUUAGGUUAGUGGAUACAUGAUUUGCUUUGAUUGAGAGAUUCAUUAGUUUUAGUUCAUUGGGCGUGGAGUUUUUAUGGACUGGUUUUGUUCUUAUACAGCGAUUUUUAUACGAUCACCGUUGCCUUCUUCCUUGUAUCUCUCGCCAGCGCUCCCCUGAAACGGCUUAGAACACCCUCUUGAUCAAUGUCUGCAACUUCCUGUCCAGCCAUCUCUCAAUACCCCACUCCCGUUCAUACAAUAUCUCAAUCUCCGCUUUCACAUUUGACAUGAGCAUAUGCUGCAGUUCCCCUCUCCAGGCCGGCUCUGGCCCAUCCUCUGCGAAAACAGGGCUUCGGGACAACAUGUCCUGAGCCUUCUUCCGGUCACGCGAAGUCAGGGGAAUUAGAACGUCAUCAUCCUGCUGAUAUACUUCAAUUCUAGAAGCAACUUCGGAGGAUUGAAGGCCAAGCCACUGCAUUUUAUUAACGGUAAGGUUGGGAUUGUCAUGUGCCUGCGCCCUCGAGCCGUAUUUAUAAGUAGACAUGAUAGCAAUGCCGUCUGGGUCGCUGUCAACUAGCAUGAAAAUAGGAGGUUGGUUGGAGCGCAAUGCUCCUGAUACUGAUCCUGGGGUUCUGGAUAAUAAGUGGAGGAAUGCACGGGUGCAGAUGUCUGGGUACCCCUUCGCCUGAACAUUAUUGCGAUUUUAGAAUACUCACGAUUGAUUGGAAUAUGAAGGGGAAAUUAUAAAGGGGAUUGUCCUUACCGUGAUAAGGAUCCCUGGGCCGGCAGCAGAAGUUUUGUGGUAGUUAGCAGUUGCCAACCUGUGGAAUGUCGCCUUUCAUGUUUGAUUUGUCAGUGUCGAGACCCGGCUGUAAACUUGUUGUUACAUUUGUAUGUACAUUGUUAUCUUACCUCUUUCUCGAUAACCAGAAUCCAUCGAACAGCUGAGAUGUCGAAGUUCCUGACCGUUUCAGCCCGAGGAACGAGCAUGCCCUAUAUAUAUAUACGUCAAUAACCCGUGCAAACGAGCCUCCUGGACUAGCAAAGGCAACCUCAGAAUGAACGCCCGGGUCUACCACGGAGUCAUCGUUAAGUGUGAUGUUGAAGCUUCCCACAAGAAGUCCUUUGGCUGCUGCUGCCUUGUAUAAUUCACAAGUUAGCAAGAACAAGAUCCCAUCAUCGGAGGCAAUGGGAUAUUCCGGUUCAUAAUACCACGUGCAACGCUGUCCUAUCGACACCAAUCGU